ACCUAUACCAAAAACAUAACACAACUACAUAACUGUCGGCAAAGCUUUGUGCUCACUUUUUAGCCAAACCAGUGCUCAGAACUGUUGCCCGCCACCGCCGCCACUCAACACGCCACUUAAUUAAGCAGCCUAGCUCACAAUGCAGCUUCUCCACCGUGGCUGCAGCCUUGUUUUGGUGCUGAAUUCGUUGCUUCUGCUUGUGUCUUGUCAAGUUCAGCAACCCGGGGCCAACACCCGCUGGCUCCCAGCCACCGCCACCUGGUACGGCAGUCCCGAAGGCGACGGCAGCGACGGCGGAGCAUGUGGGUACGGGUCAAUGGUGGACGUGAAGCCGUACAGGGCGAGGGUUGGGGCGGUGAGCCCAGUGCUGUUCAAGAGCGGCGAGGGGUGCGGGGCGUGUUACAAAGUCAAGUGUCUCGACCAGAGCAUCUGUUCGAGACGAGCCGUCACGAUAAUUGUGACGGAUGAGUGCCCGGGUGGUUACUGCUCGAAUGGGCGCACCCACUUCGACCUCAGUGGCGCCGCCUUUGGACGCAUGGCUGUCGCCGGUAAUGGCGGUCUGCUCAGAAACCGAGGCGAGCUCUCUGUCCUUUACCGACGGACACCAUGUAAAUAUCCUGGGAAGCAAAUAGCCUUCCAUGUAAAUGAAGGUUCAACAAAUUAUUGGCUAUCACUUCUGGUAGAGUUUGAGGAUGGAGAUGGAGACGUCGGAUCGAUGCAUAUAAGACCAGCAAGUUCUAGUGAGUGGAUCGAGAUGAGUCAUGUCUGGGGAGCUAAUUGGUGCAUAAAUGGGGGUCCUCUAAAUGGACCAUUCUCAGUGAAGAUUACAACUCUCUCAACAGCAAAAACUCUCUCUGCCAGAGACGUCAUUCCCAGUAAUUGGUCUCCAAAAGCCACUUACACUUCUCGCCUAAAUUUCCACUCCACUCCUAGCUAGCUUAUUUGACAAACAAGUCAAGAUAUAUAUAAGCACCUUUUUACAAAGCACUUUUUUAACUAAGCAUUUUCUAGGCCAUAAAAAAGGUCUAGCCCCCAUGACCCAAAAGUAGCCGUUGUCAGGGUGGUCUUUUUCUUUUAUUUUUCUUUCUUUUUUUUUUUUUUUUUUUUAAAAGAAAAGAAAAAGAAAAGUAGCCGUUGGAUUGCACUAGUUAAUUACAAUGGCAUCCAAUGCUCUUUCUUUAUUUUCUUUUGAGAUAUUGUUUUUCCUAUUUUGCUGCUGUUCCAACUGGUUUUGUUUGUAGAUGUGCACUAAGAUAUGUAGCCAGCCCUCUCCAAAAGGAGAGAGAGCGUGUGUUCUUGCUUUGUUAAUGCUAUAUGUAAGGUUGUGUGACCUAAUGUGUUUUUAAUGAAUUUGGACUAUUUGAUUGCA